UUUAUUAAAGUAAUUAAAGUGAGACAUACAACACGUGACUUUGCACAACUUUGAUUUUAGUUUGAAACAUUCGAAUUCAACCAUUUUGUGAAUAAUUAAAAUGUGGUUAAAGUUACUACUACUGUCGAUUCUCUGCUGCAAUUCCAUAUUAACAACAUCCAUCGAUGUCGGUGGAGUGUUGUCAGGUAAUCGCAUGGCGGGCGUGCCUUUGGGCCGGUCGCUAGGCGACGGCGAGCUGGAUGUGGAAGGCAUAUGCGCGGAGGCAGGCAUGGCGUGCCAGAACUGCACCCAUGCAGUAACAUGUGUCCCACUACCGUAUGGCUACUUGAAGGUUCCCCUUCAAGUGUGCUCAAACGGACAGACAUGCAAUGCACACAAAGGAGGUUGUUCUGAGAAGGCGGUGCCUGAGUGUCAACCCGCAACACAGAAGCACAAACAUUCCUGUGAACAGGUGGGAAUCUUCCCGGACGCGUUUGACUGCCGCAAGUUCCACCUCUGCUCACCUGCUGAGGGUCUUCCUGAUGGUAGACCAGCGGACCACAGAGCAGCAUUGUGUCCAAGACACUACGGAUAUAAUCCCCAGUACGCACAGUGUUCGAUUCGACUAUUGAACGGACAAUGCAGUGAUAAGCCUGUACCAGAUUGUAAAUCAGUGGGAGAAACUGGACCUUUACCAAAAAGUCCUAACCAUUACUAUGUCUGCCUUCUCAAACGAGGAACUUUACAUCCACAAGUAUUCAUCUGUCCACAUGGUUGGUACUUUUGGGAUGGAUUCUGCAGACCUGAACCACAAGAAACUGUAUCAACAGACGAUAAAGUAACUACAGAAAACGCAAAGAUAGAUAAUGGAUUUGUAGCGGAGACAACUACAGUGAAACCUACAACUAGUAAGAUUGAAGGAUUCUUUUCAACAGAGAAAGCGGCUACUUACGCUGCUGAUACGUUCUUAGCAGACAGAUUUGAUUUGAGUAACUAUGAAACAACUGACGAUGUUGUUCCACAAAACGAUUAUGCUAAUUCCUUUGAAAGUGGUACUGAUUUUUGGUAACAUAUCAUAUAAUAAUAUAAACAUAUUAAAGGUAAUAAUGAUACAUUAAAUAGAAGUUAAUCUAAUUGUAAUAGUUAUAUAGAAAUAGCUUUAAAUGUUAUUACAUGAAAUGAAUUAAA